AUGACCUGUGUGGUGUCCAAGUCAGCCUGCAGAUGGUCAGUUUAUCUAGUCUAUCUGCUUCCUUACCUUGGCACAGGUCUGAAGCAAGUGAAAGAGGAAAGUCUGGAACUGAAUGAAGAGGAGGAGAAGCAUCAGAAUCAGGAACCUCAUUUCAUAACAGAAGAAAAAGCUCUCACAUGCUCUCAAAUUGGACAGAGUUUGAAACAUAAAAGAAACAUUAAUGAUCACGUGAGAAUUCACACUAAAAAGAGGCCUUACACAUGCCAUCAGUGUGGACAGAGUUUCAAACAGAAAAAUCAUCUUGAUGACCACAUGAGAAUUCACACUGGAGAGAGGCCUUACACAUGUGUUGAGUGUGGACAGAGUUUCAAACGAUAUCUUAAUGGUCACAUGAGAAUUCACUCUCGGGAGAGGCAUUACACAUGCCUUCAGUGUGGACAAAGAUUCGAAGGUAAACGACCUCUUAAUGAUCACAUGAGAAUCCACACUGCAGAGAGGCCCCACACAUGUUGUGGAAAGAGUUUCAUAAAGAAAGGACACUUUAAUGAUCACAUGAGAAUUCACACUGGAGAGAGGCCUCACGCAUGUGUUGAGUGUGGACAGAGUUUCAGCCGUUAA